GGGGCUGCCGUGUAAAACUUGGAUCCCUUCCAACUUGUGUCCCGUCCUCGUUGUGACUCACUUCCCGAGAAUAACGAUGACACUCGUAAACAAUUGAUGCGAAGCGAGCCAAGCAUCUCUCUCUGCCUGCUGCCCUGCGCUGGCUUGCUUUUAGUAAGGCACCCAGGUGACCAUGGGCUGUCUGUUUACCCCAGCAUUGCCACGGCUGCCUGCCCAGCAGACCUGGUUACGCGAGCCAGAGGGAUGGUUGUAGUCACGGGGCAGAACAAAGCGAGUGGACGCCCGGGCGAUGCCAUGUCUACCUCGGAUGCGGAAGACGAUUUCCAAGAGCCGGCCACCCCGACAGCCACCCAGGCGGAGCACUCCCUGCCCCUUCUUCCACAGCAGUUCCCUGAAGUGGUUCCCCUGAACGUAGGAGGCAUGCCGUUCACCACCAGGCUGUCGACACUGAGGCGAUACGAAGACACCAUGCUGUCGGCCAUGUUUAGCGGCCGGCAUUAUAUCCCGACAGAUGCCGAAGGCAGAUAUUUUAUCGACCGGGACGGAACAUUCUUUGGAGACGUGCUUAACUUCCUGCGGUCCGGUGACUUGCCUCCACAAGAGCGAGUGAGGUCAGUUUACAAGGAAGCUCAGUAUUAUUCAAUAGGACCAUUGCUAGAAAGCCUAGAAGAGCUCCAGCCCCUUAAAGGAGAGAAAGUCCGGCAGGCUUUCUUGGGCUUAAUGCCCUAUUACAAAGAUCACUUGGAGCGGAUCGUUGAGAUUGCAAAACUGAGGGCCAUGCAGAGAAAGGCCCGGUUUGCCAAGCUGAAGAUCUGCGUCUUCAAGGAAGAAAUGCCCAUCACACCAUAUGAGUGCCCGCUGUUCAACUCCUUGCGCUUCGAGAGGAGCGAGGGUGAGGCCAAACUCUUUGAACACCACUGCGAAGUGGACGUGUCGUUCGGACCUUGGGAAGCCGUAGCAGACGUCUACGAUCUCCUCCAUUGCAUUGUGACAGACCUCUCUAGCCGGGGCAUCACCGUGGACCACCAGUGCAUCGGGGUAUGCGACAAACAUCUGAUCAACCAUUACUACUGCAAGCGUCCCAUCUAUGAAUUCAAGAUCACGUGGUGGUAAGCUCUUUGCCUGAGAGUGAGGGAGUCCAUUUGGAGUCCUCUUCCUGGUCCUACUUCUCUUACUACCACCAGACGCCGAUUCUACUCUAUCUCAGCAAUUACCUUGCGAGGGAACGUGCACUCCAUUCCUUGCAAUGCAGCUAGUGGAAACCUGUCUCAGACACUUUGCUUUGAAACCGGAAAAAUUCCAUUGGGAAGGAUGCAUGCCAGGUACUGGAUACAAUCACGGCUGAAGAAUACCUCAACAUGCUCGUAUAAAGGUUUGGAAGGCAUCCUUUGCACAUCUGCCCUGCCUCCCUGGCUUUUCAACCCUUAUCUGCACUACAGAGGUGGCCGAUAGCAGGGACACAAGCCGUUGCACAAUAUUCCCACGAGUUUGUUCCCCCACCAGUGUGAUGAAUAGCUUUUACUUAGUCAUGUGGUGUCAGAAGUACGCAGCAAGCACUUUACCUCACACAGCUGUCACUCCUGCCUUUGUGACUUUAUUGUUGUGAUUUGCAAAGCCAAGGGCUGAGAUGCGUUCCAUAGAUGCCGAUGUGAUUCAGAAGCAAUUACAAAAAAUAAUCUGUGUUGAGUCUGUACCAAAACCCUAUUUUUUUUUUUAGCGUGGGGGUUCUUUUUUAUAUCACCUGUUUUAAUUGUGAACCCGUAUCUAUUAAUUAUUUCCUGUGUUGAAAUGUAACUUAUUUCUGUUUCUUUGACCAAA